GGUCACAGGCUCAUAGCUCGCAGCUCGCAUAGAAAAGGCACCUGGCACCAUGCUUCUUCUCUUGCAAUUCCCAUUCCCAUAAAACCCAAAAUCUAAUCAAAAGUAUUAUUUGAUCACGAAAAAGAAGGAAAUGGAUUUCGACCCGGAUUACAACCCGAGAUUCAAAACCAAAAUCAGCACCAAGUUUGUCGCUACAGUGGCCAGCAUAUGGAUUCAAUCCACCAGCGGCUCUCUCUACACCUUCGCCAUCUACUCCUCCGUCUUGAAAUCAUCCCAAGCCUAUGAUCAGUCAACCCUCGACACCGUUUCCGUUUUCAAAGACUUCGGCGCCAACGUCGGCGUACUCUCCGGCAUCCUCUACUCCGCCGCCUGCGGUGGAGGCCCCUGGGUGGUGCUCUUGGUCGGCGCGCUUCUAUGCUUCGCCGGCUACUUCCUCAUGUGGUUGACCGUUGUGGGUUUGCUUCCCAGACCCCACGUGCUUCUCAUGUGCCUCUACAUGCUCCUUGCCGCUCAGGCCACCACCUUCUUCAACACCGCUAAUGUUGUUACUGCGGUUCAUAAUUUCCCCACACAUAGAGGGACUGUGGUCGGUAUUAUGAAGGGUUUCCUUGGGUUGAGUGGAGCAAUAUUAAUCCAAGUAUAUCGGACAAUGCUUAAGAACAAGCCUACUUCAUAUCUUCUGUUGUUGGCGAUUUUGCCAUCCAGCAGUUCUUUGCUAUUCAUGUGGCUCGUUAGGAUUUGUGAAACAACUGAAGAGGAUGAGAAGAAGCAUCUGAAUGGUUUCUCUUUUGUUGCUCUGAUCCUAGCUGCUUAUCUCGCAACUGUUAUAAUUGUUGAAAGCAUAUUCUCUUUUGAUCUAUCAGCACGAAUCGCUACAUUUUUGGUGCUCAUUUUGUUGCUACUUUCUCCUAUUUUUGUUGCAAUUGGAGCCUACAAGGAGAAAUCUUAUAGAAUUAUAAAAUUCCUACUCGAACAAAACCCAGUUAUGGAUGAGCAAAACAGAUCCCAUGUUCACACUGUCAACAUUGGACAAGAUCCUACUGAGUACCAUCAGUUGCCUGAGAGUUCUGAUCAAGCGGGAGAUACAGAUGAGAGGAAGACCCCAGAAUCUGGAGAGAACCUGAAUCCUUUUCAGGCAAUGUGCACAAGUAGUUUCUGGUUUUUGUUUUUCACCACUGCCUGUGGUAUGGGCUCAGGAUUGACGACAGUGAAUAACAUGAGCCAAAUUGGAGAGUCUCUUGGUUAUGGAAGCUUAGAGAUAGAUACUUUGGUAUCUUUAUGGAGUAUCUGGAAUUUUCUAGGCCGUUUCGGAGCUGGUUAUGUUUCAGAUUAUUUCCUCUAUGUACUUGGAUGGUCAAGACCAUUAUUUAUCGUCAUUACUCUUGCUCUUAUGAGCAUUGGCUAUAUUGUGAUUGCUUUAGGUCUGCCUGGUGGUCUAUACGCUGGCUCCAUUUUGGUGGGUAUAUGUUAUGGAUCACAAUGGUCACUAAUGCCAACAAUCGUUUCUGAAAUAUUUGGUGUAGUACAUAUGGGAACAAUAUUCAAUACGAUAACAAUAGCAGGCCCUAUUGCAACUUAUAUUCUUUCCGUGAGAGUGGUUGGAUAUUUCUAUGACAAAGAAGCAGCAUCGGGUGAACUGAACAUCUGCACUGGGACACAUUGCUUCAUGUUGUCCUCUUUCAUUAUGGCAGCCACCACUUUCUCGGGCGCUCUUGUUGCCUUGGCCUUGUUCUUCCGGACUAGGAACUUCUAUAGAAAUGUUACAAGACUGGCACAUCCCAACUGACAAAAGACUCAUAUUUGGUUCGAUCAUCGGAUUGGAGAGAAAACAUUUUGGGGCUGACCGUACGUUCAUUCUUGAGCAAAUUCGGGUUUUUGGGACCGAGAAAUGCAACUUUGCCCUCUGUGUCUGAAGCACAUUUAGCUGCUUCAGCUUGGCCUUUAUCACAGUGAUGAGGUGACAUUUCUUCAUUGUGCAAGGCUUUUACUCUUGUAAAGGAUUAUUGUGUAUUAUAUAGGUGAUUAUUAUGUAUCAGGUUGCCAGUUUCUCUAGACUGGAUGGGGUUAGAAGUUUUUUCUUUUCCUCUAUAUUUACUUAGCGGUUUAAGCACUCAGUUAGUUCCUGUAUUAUUGUGAGAUGUUCAAUUUAGUCUUGUACUAUUAAAUUGGUCAAUUUAGUCCAUGUAUUAUUAAAUAAAAGUAUUAAGGUCACUGUUCAUUAUGCCAA